AUGGGGAAUAUCUGUUCCAGAUCAGCGAACGAAUCGGACAACUUUUCCGGCCCUGGACGAUCGGUUGGCUCGAGUGGGCCUCAGACGAAGCCGACAUCGACACCUGUGCCCGCGAAGCUAAUAACAAGCACUCCUGGUCGAGCUCUUGGUGGGGCAGAGGGAUCCACAGGCACCAGCGAUGCCAGGAGCGCAGCAGCGAGAGCAGCAGAGGAGCGAGCUGCGAAAGCCAACAAGCCUGGGGGAAAGCUGGCCACCCAGCUGUCAGCACAGAAAAAGCAGACUCAGAAUCAACUACUGAACUCGGGAGCUGAAGCUGAGCGGAGGGCGAGAGACGCUGACGAGGCCGCACAGAAUAGGAGUUGGAAUUGA